GAGAUGCAUGAAGCUUCAGCUGUGAAGAUACUAUAAAAAGAGAAGAGUAGGAACGAGACAGAAGCAACACCGGAAUUGUUGUCAGUGCUGAGCAGGGCUAAACUCAGUUCCGCUACUAACCAAGGGGAAUUGGACAGUACAUUGAAUUUGAUAUCCUACUGAAGCUGCUUAUAAUGAGGACAUACUAUUGCCUAUCACUAUUCAUCUGGACCUAUAUGUUUCAUACAGUUGAUGCUAUUCCAUUAGAAGAAAAAGCUAGUAGGGAUUUGCCAAGCAAAAGGGUUGUGGAUCUGACAAAAGAUGAUAGUAAAAUGUUACAUCGUACCAAGCGUGGCUGGAUGUGGAAUCAGUUCUUCUUGUUGGAAGAGUACACAGGUACAGACACACAGUAUGUUGGCAAGCUUCACACUGACCAAGAUAAAGGAGAUGGAAAUUUAAAAUACAUAUUAACAGGAGAUGGGGCUGGCAGUCUGUUCGUUAUAGAUGAAAAUACAGGAGAUAUUCAUGCUGCAAAGAAAUUAGACAGAGAAGAAAAAUCCCUAUACAUUCUUCGUGCCAAGGCUAUAGACAGAAAGACUGGGCGGCAGGUGGAGCCGGAAUCUGAAUUUAUUAUUAAAAUCCAUGAUAUCAAUGACAAUGAACCAAAAUUCACAAAAGACUUAUACACUGCCAGUGUUCCUGAAAUGUCUGGAGUCGGUACGUCUGUCAUACAAGUGACCGCAACAGAUGCAGAUGAUGCCAACUAUGGAAACAGUGCAAAAGUGGUCUACAGCAUACUGCAAGGACAGCCAUAUUUUUCCGUGGACCCAGAAUCAGGCAUAAUAAGAACUGCACUACCAGACAUGAGCAGAGAAAAUAGAGAACAGUACCAAGUGGUUAUACAAGCCAAAGACAUGGGCGGCCAGAUGGGAGGCCUUUCUGGAACCACCACCGUAAACAUCACUCUGACAGAUGUCAACAACAAUCCUCCACGAUUUCCCCAGAGUACGUAUCAAUUUAAUUCUCCCGAGUCCGUACCUCUUGGAACCCAUGUUGGAAGGAUAAAAGCCGAUGACCCUGAUGUGGGGGAGAAUGCUGAAAUGGAAUACAGCAUUGCUGAAGGAGAUGGAACAGACAUGUUUGAUGUCAUCACUGACAAGGACACACAGGAAGGGAUUAUAACUGUCAAACAGAAUUUAGAUUUUGAAAGCAAAAUGCUGUACACUUUAAGAGUGGAUGCAAGUAACACUCACCCUGAUCCACGAUUUCUACACCUGGGACCUUUCAAAGACACAGCUGUGGUCAAAAUAUCUGUAGAAGAUAUAGAUGAGCCUCCUGUGUUUAGUAAACUUUAUUACUUGAUAGAAGUAGAUGAAGAUGUAAAGGAGGGCAGCAUCAUUGGACAGGUUACAGCAUAUGAUCCAGAUGCUAUGAACAAUUUAAUAAAAUACGCCAUUGAUCGGCAUACUGAUAUGGACCGGAUUUUUAGUAUUCACUCCGAAAAUGGCUCUAUUUUCACUUUGAAGCCCCUGGACCGGGAAUCAUCUCCUUGGCACAACAUCACCAUUACAGCCACAGAAAUAAAUAACUCAAAACAAAGUAGCCACAUCCCUGUCUUCAUCAGAAUUCUAGAUAUAAAUGACCAUGCUCCGGAAUUUGCCAUGUACUAUGAAACAUUUGUUUGUGAAAAUGCAAAGCCUGGGCAGCUGAUUCAGACUGUCAGUGUCAUGGACAGAGAUGAUCCUCCCCGAGGCCACAAAUUUUUCUUUGAACCAGUGCCAGAAUUUCCUCUCAAUCCGAACUUCACCAUUGUAGAUAAUAAAGAUAAUACAGCAGGAAUCAUGACUCGAAAAGAUGGGUAUAGCCGCAACAAAAUGAGCACGUAUCUACUACCGAUUUUAAUAUUUGACAAUGAUUAUCCAAUUCAAAGCAGCACCGGCACACUCACUAUCCGUGUGUGCGCUUGUGAUAGUCAAGGAAACAUGCAGUCCUGCAAUGCAGAGGCCUUGGUCCUCUCGGCGGGUCUCAGCACAGGGGCUCUGAUCGCCAUCCUUCUCUGCAUCAUCAUACUCCUUGUUUUAGUUGUGCUGUUUGCUGCACUGAAGAGGCAGAGAAAAAAGGAACCUCUGAUAAUUUCAAAAGACGAUGUCCGUGACAACAUUGUGACCUAUAAUGAUGAAGGUGGUGGGGAAGAAGAUACCCAAGCUUUUGACAUUGGCACCUUAAGGAAUCCAGAAGCAAGAGAAGACAGUAAACUUAGAAGAGAUGUAAUGCCUGAAACUAUUUUUCAGAUAAGGAGGACUGUGCCUCUGUGGGAAAAUAUUGAUGUACAAGAUUUUAUCCAUCGAAGAUUGAAAGAAAAUGACUCAGACCCAAGUGCACCACCUUAUGAUUCACUGGCAACAUACGCCUACGAAGGCAAUGAUUCCAUAGCCGAUUCACUCAGUUCUUUGGAGUCUCUCACAGCCGAUUGUAACCAAGAUUAUGAUUACCUCAGCGACUGGGGACCUCGUUUUAAAAAGCUUGCUGAUAUGUAUGGGGGUGAUGACAGUGACCGAGAUUAAGAGUAUCGUAUGACUUGAUCCAUGUUAGUGGAAGUACGCUUCUUGUUACUAGAUUGAGUGGCCUGCAUUCUCUUCCUUGGAGGAAAUUUUUUAAAAAUUGAAAUUACAAACAAUACGUAGGUGUUGUCUUAGUAAGGGUUUGCUUAAUCAGUAAGUUUCUGUGAAUGAAUAUGAAUGAUAUAGAUUUUAAAAAAAGUAAUAAUAACCAGUUCACUCUCUUUGCCUAGCAAUCUCUGAACGAAAGUAUAUCACAUCAAUAAUCAAUACAAAUUACAUAAAAGGCUUUUUGUGCCUUUCCUUAAAUAUAAAGACUUUAUAAAUGUUUUCUUAACUGACUUAUAGUCACCUUUACUAUUAAACAUUGUGCAACUGCUUUGUAAA